AAAUUUUACAAACAUAUAAUUUUUAGUAGCUUUGCACUCGUUCUACAUUUUACCAUAUUUAUUGUCUUUAAAAAAAGGUUGUGUGUCCAAGAUUAGAAGGAGUAACAAUCAACCCAAGUUUAAUAGAAAAUCAUCCUGUUAUAUACAGUUCCUUUCAUCCAUAAUUUUUAGGAAUUGGAAAGGUGCGGGAAUUGAAUUAAAAAUGCGCGAAAAUAUUUGAAACAGCGCGAAUUGGUGCCAUGAGCACUGUUUAUAAAUAAAACGUGUGCCUAUAAAUAAAAAAAAAUCUGCCCCUGCAACGCUUUUCUUUUCUUUUCUCUAUAAACAUAUAAAAAAUGGAAAAGCUCAAGGAGAAAAUUGCUUCCCUUCGUAAUGAAGCCGAUACUGCUAAUGCCAGAGCUGAUGAAUUAGAAGCUCAAAUCAAGCAACUGACAAGCGAACAAAUUGCCAAACAUCACGAACUCUCUUCUCUUCAAAACCGCGUUAAAUCUUUGGAAGAACAAUUGGAAAAUGUGGAGGAUAAAUUCAAAAAGACAUCAGAAGAGUUCAGAGAGGCUGACCUGAAAGUAGAAGAAGCAGAAAGAAAGAUUACGAAGCUUGAAAGUGAAUUACAAGAAAAGGAAGAGAAAUAUGAAGAGCUCUUGGAGAAGUACAAUGCUUCAAAGGCUGAAUUAGACGAAUUAGCUCGUCAGUUUGAAGAUCUGUAAUAAUUUUAUUAUCAUCUUUUUUUAUUCAUUCAUCAUUCUUUCCCUUGAUAUACUUUCUGAGUGAAUCUAUUUUUUUUAUUCAUCAAUAAAACAUAUCCUUCUUUUUCUUAUUUGUUUACCUGAAA